AGUCGACAACGGCAGAUCUAGGAUUAAAGUGCAGUAGAGAGCAUGGAGUGUCAGACACUAAACGAUAUGUUUGACAAGACUUCGUCCUGCUUCAGCGAGCAGACCGCGGUGAUAUUUGACGACGGCACGGGGAGACCUGAGUCUCUGAGCUACGGUCACCUGCGCGCGCUCUCCGCUGAACUGUGCAACAUCCUGCGGGAGAGUCUUCCCAAUAAAGGCGUAAUUGGCCUGUACUGUCACGAGCACUUGCUAUUGCCCGUCUGGAUUUUGGGGAUCAUGCAGACACCUGCUGCUUAUGCUCCACUGGACCCGGCUGAUCCUGGUCUGCUCUCCUCCAGAGUCAUGGAACGCUGUGGUCUCAUAUACUGCAUGGUUCAGACACAGCUCCUAGAGAUAUUCCAGAAAAGUCUUGGAGAAAUGUUAAGUCUGGCUGUUUGUGUUGCAUUGCCCAAGUUCAACAUCACAGUGGUAAAAGUGAAAUCCCUACAUGAAGCUGAGGCAGAUGAACAAACAGAAGGAAUGAAACGUCAGACAGAAUAUGGCGCUACUGAGCUCAAGGACACUUUUGCCUAUGUGCUCCAUACAUCUGGAACAACAGGAAUUCCAAAGAUUGUGAAAGUACCACACAAAUGUAUACACCCCAAUAUAUGUGACUUAAGUUUAAUGUUUCAGAUUGAAAAAGGGGAUGUGGUUUUCCUUGCAUCACCUUUGACUUUUGAUCCGUCUGUGGUGGAAAUGUUCAUGGCAUUAACCUCAGGAGCAAAACUUUUAAUUGUUCCAGCUCUUCUGAAGAGGAUGCCCAAGCGAUUGACCCAGCUGUUGUUUAAGUCUCACAAGACAACAAUUUUUCAGGCUACUCCCUCUUUAUUUUCUCGCUUUGGUCCAAGUAUCCUGAAAGAGGAUGUUUUAUCAGCUAGCUCCUCACUGCGUAUUUUACUUCUGGGGGGAGAGUCCUGCCCUACUCCAAAACAGCUUGCAGACUGGAAACACAAAGACAACAAAACUGACAUUUAUAACAUUUACGGCAUCACCGAAGUGUCCUGCUGGGCCUGCUGCUACAGGAUCACAGAGAGAGAGCUGCAGUCACGUCAAACUUCUCCUGUACCUCUUGGAGUUCAGUUGUCAGGCACUAAGGUAGAAGUCCGAGAUGAACACGGAGUGGUUAUCAAAGAGGGAGACGGACAAGUGUUCAUAGGUGGAGAGCACAGGGUGUGUCUAUUAGAUGAUGAGGACACAUUGGUCUCCGGGACGAUGAGAGCCACUGGAGACUGGGUGAAGCUCAAAAAUGGACAGAUGCACUUCCUGGGACGCAGAGACCGAAUGAUCAAACGGCACGGACAACGCCUCAGUUUGGACGAGGUGCAGCAGCUCAUAUUAAUGGUACCGCUGGUGGAGGCCUGUGCAGUGGACAUUUAUGAAAACCAUCGGCUGAUUGCGUUUAUAGUGAUGUCUAAAUCAGAGGGCUCUAAAGUUUCGCCUAUCGUUGUCUGUGAUGCCACAGUGAAAGAGGAGCAGGAGGGAGGGGCUGGAGACAUGGGUAGAAUCAUCCUAGAAGAGUUAUCCCAAAGCUUAGCUCACUUUAGUGUACCAGACACUGUGGUGAUUGUACCUGAAAUACCACUGACCGCCCAUGGGAAAGUGGACAUGAAGGCACUUAUAAAGACCUAUCAAACUCAUCGAAGUGGAUUACUGGGCAGUUCACAGAGAGAUUUCACAAAGCAAACUCUGGAGUCUUUAUGGCAGAAUUCCCUUGGUCUUCCUAAAGACGUACCCAUAAAUGAGGACUCAAACUUCCUGCUCAGUGGAGGAGACUCUCUUAAAGCAUUAGUUUUCCAUGAGGAUCUUCUUGCCAUUACUGGGCUUACCUCUCUAAAUCUUUUAGAAAUCAUACUUGAUGGCACUUUCAAAGACCUAUUACACCACAUUUCUGAAGUUAAAUUAGUAUCACCACUUGAAAAUAAUGGACAUGUCAAACGAGAAGCAACAAAACGACAUUUGGAAAACUUGUAUGAAGUAAUGGCAAAACGAGAACGCACAUCAUCUGAAAAAAUAUUUAAAGUUAUAAAAAGAGGGAGUCAGAUAAUUGUGAUGUCUAAUACUAAAUCUACAGCACAUUUACAGACGACUGAAGAUGUAACAUUGAAUAACAUGGGUGAAUUUAAAACUGUAUCACUUAAAAUGCAUUGGUUGUCAGACACUGGAAGAUGUGUAGACGCCUCACCUGUUAUUUUAGUGCAGCAGAUGGACACGAGCACUGUGUUUAUUGGUUCUCAUUCGCACCGGAUCCAAGCCCUGGACUUGGACUCCGGAAAUCUGGUUUGGGAACGGGUUCUCGGGGACAGGAUUGAAGCUUCAGCCACAGUGUCUUCAUGUGGGACUCUUGUGAUUGUAGGUUGCUAUGAUGGUGGAGUGUAUUUCUUGAAUGUGUCCUCUGGAGAGACUGAGUGGGUCUUUAAAACUGGAGACACAGUGAAAUGUUGUCCUGCUGUUGAUGCUGAAACUGGUUUGGCUUUAGUGGGGUCACAUGAUGGACAUGUUUAUGCUCUGGAUCCAAAGAAUCAUCUUUGUGCAUGGAAGCAUCCCUGUGGAGGAGGAGCGGUUUUCUCCUCACCAUUCAUUCACCCCUCACUCAGACACUUGUUUGUGGCCACAUUGGGAGGUCGUCUUCUUUGCCUAAACAUAGACACUGCAGAGGAGCUGUGGUCCUACUCAAAAGAUGUGCCCUUUUUCUCGUCUCCAGUCAGCUCAGAUACGCAUGUUAUAAUUGGUUCAGCUGAUGGAUACAUUUGCGGUUUUAGCCUCAAUGGACAACUGCUCUGGCAGUUUUUGACCCAGGCGCCCGUCUUCUCGUCUCCAUGCCUGACCCCAGACCUCCACCAGGUCCUGUGUGGCUCUCACGAUGGUUAUAUGUACUGCUUAAACAUUUCGGAUGGUGCCCUGGUUUGGAGAUUUGAGACAUCAGGUAGAGUCUACUCCAGCCCCUUUGUGUUUGGAGCCUCUGCUCUCAGGUCAGGGGAGACUCUGGUGGGCUUGGCAUCCACAGACGGGACAGUUUGGAUCCUGGAUGUUAAAACUGGACUCAAGAGAGCAUCGCAUACAUUUCCAGGAGAGUUGUUUUCAUCUCCGGUUGUACAUAAAGGUUCAUUGGUUAUUGGCUGCCGUAAUGACUAUGUGUAUUGUUUAAAACUGGAGGUAACGUAGAAGUAUUUAUUAUCCAUUAAAUAAAAAUAAUUUAUAUUACUGCCCUAAGCGCUGAAGAGCAGUGCGUUAAUUAAUUUCAAUGUUGUGGAAGAUCAAAAUGGCACUUUUUGAGGACCUUGUUCAGUAGUUUAUGUAUUUUAAAGACAAUUAUAAUUUACCCCUUUAGUUUUCCUUUUGUGCCCUAGUGUUGUUCAUAAGUUGUGUAAUGAGCAGAAAAUAAUGAAGACCUACAAAUUUAAUACCGACAUCAGUGUUUAAUUUACAUUAUUCAUAUCAUUUUGUCUUUCUUCAAGAAUUUGCUUGUUUAUAUCUCUAAGUGGGACAAAAAAGUGCAAAUUAUACCA